UACAUGGGUAGGGAGACAGUGCUUCAUUAUUUGCCAUUUCAGGUACAAUUCAGUGUUAGGUUUAAGUUGACCUGGUACAGUUGGUUUUAAGCUAAAUUAUUAUUCAAGAUGGGCCCUGCAGCGGCGUUUCUAAUUCUUUUGGCCCUCCACCUUCAAUCUAACGAUGCGUUGGGACAAGUUAUUUAUGAACCGGAAGUGGUGAUAACACCCCGCGUUAAAUACAUUGACGAUUGCACCACUUGUACCAUCUAUCCCUCUUCGGGUUCCCAUGAAGGAAAAGUCUACGUAACGGAUCAGUUUGGAAGGACAAGCCUUUCCGGAAGUGGCGGAAUUACUAAAUACGCUAAAACUGAAUUUCUUCCGGCAUCUGUAACAGGAUGUACAGGGAACACGUGCGGUCAGAAUGCCCAGUGUACCAUCGCAGGAGGACGUCCUGUAUGUUCCUGUUUCAAUGGGUACACCGGUGACCCCCUGACCUACUGCAGGAGGGCAGAGUGUCUCGAUAACUCUGAAUGUAGAGGACACUUGUCCUGCAUCAACGAAAAAUGCGUUAACCCUUGUGAAGGAAUAUGCGGCUUCAACGCCAACUGCGAGGUCAGAAAUCAUGUACCUGUUUGUUCAUGUCCCCCAGGACAUACCGGGGACCCGUUUAGUUCCUGCAGGAAAUUCGACCCAGAGGAACUUUGCCACCCCAGUCCCUGCGGAAGCAACACCCAGUGUGAAGUUAUAAACAAUGUUCCGACAUGUAAAUGUCUCCCCGGGUACCAUGGUUCUCCCGUUGCUGGGUGCCGACACGAAUGUGAAAGCGAUUCGGAAUGCGGACCCCAAUCAGCCUGUUUAGAAUUCAGAUGCCAGAACCCAUGCUCCCAGUGUGGCGAAAAUGCCGAAUGUGAAGGGGUUAGAAACCACGUAGCUGUUUGCAAAUGUCCGAGGGGUUAUUUCGGAAAUCCCCUGAUAUCUUGCAAACCCGAAUGCGUAUCCCACAGUGACUGUCCUCCUGGUAAACCAGCUUGUUUCUAUAACCAAUGUAAAAACCCCUGCGACGGGGUUUGUGGUAUUAAUGCGAAUUGUCAAUUGAAAAAUGGACUGACCCCGGUAUGUUCGUGUCCCAAGGACAUGACGGGCAACCCGUUCGUUAGUUGCAGACCGUUCACGAAAGAGGAUCUUUGUGAGCCAAACCCUUGCGGCCAAAACGCAAAAUGCACCCCCGGCCACGAUAGAUACAACAAGGAGAGACCAGUUUGUACCUGUUUACCGGGAUACACGGGAGAUCCCCUAAGGGCAUGCAUUAGGGGAGAAUGUCUUGACGACGCGGAAUGCCCAGACACAAGAGCUUGCAUUAAUCUGAGUUGUCAAAACCCGUGUAUAAACCAAUGUGGUAUAAACGCCAUGUGUAACGCUAAACGUCAUAUCGCUGUAUGCACUUGUUUCCCCGGAUAUAAUGGGGAUGCCUUGACCCAAUGUCACCCCGUUGAAACAGCAGAACCUCGUAUAAUCCACAAAUGUGUCACGUGCAAUUACUGAUAACAAAUAUUGCACAAAAGGGUGUUCUACAAGGUUUUGAAAACACGAACUGCCAUAACUUUUUGUAAAAGACGUUGACUUUUUUAUUAAUAAAUAUUUAAUAUGUACA